UGGAGUUUUAAUCGGCUCGUAUAAGGUAAGUAGCUGAACUAAAGAUGAGCUGAAUUUCCGCUGUACAGCAAUUAACACGCCGCCGCCUCUGGAACACCCAGUUUUGAUUUCCUCUCUAUCUUUCCGGAGAACACUAUAAAGGUUUGCAUCGAAGAACUCGGAAAUGAAGAAGUUGCUAGUUAACCAACUUUCGAUAAUUACAAAGACGUCAUAAUCGAGGUGAGAGCUUAAUCGAUGAACUAUCUCUGCUUUGGUCCUCAUACCAGAUACAUUGUGAAAAUAUAUUUUUUAAUAUAUGCGAAAAUUUUUUAGCCGCUAUGUUUGAGUUGACGGAUUUAUUUUCCUUUGAAAAGAAAAGAAAAGGACGCACGGUGACGUUAGCGGGCCAGACUUCCGGCAAAUGAGUUUUUAGGUACCCCAAGCUUAAAGUUGACACGUUUUAAAAAGUCAGUUGGCGCAUCCUUUUUAAUAAGCUUUAAAGAUGAUAGAAGAUUAUUUUCAAUUCCGGAGUGUUUUCCAACAUAUAUCAGUAUAUAUCAAUAAUAUCAACAGAGCUGACAGAUGGCUUAAAAGAUGAUGAAUGAAGCCACUUUAAUGGAACGGCCACAUAUUAAACAUAUAAAAAAUAGGAAAGUUGAAGUUUAACCUGUUAUAUUUUCUUUGUUUUUUACUCGCCCCAAAUAAUUUGGGUAUGGUUGAAAUCUGCGUGAAAAGUUCUAUCGAACUGCAUUUUUGUCUUUUUUGUAGCUAAACGGUCCGUAUGGUAGCUAGAAUCAACUGUUCGCAUGACAAACGAAAUCAAAAUUGCCAACAUGUUGGCAAAUACAUUUUGAUUUUCGAAUGCUGUCACAUCAGCGGCGAGGGCCGUUUUCAUUUGGAUGCCAUUGAUCAUGACAACCCGUAGUCAUUAUUUUGACAACAUUUGACGUCAAAUAUGACCUAAUGAAAACCAGGCUUAAGCAAAGCAAAAUAGGCGAUAAUUUGAAAUAACCGUGCUCAUAAGAAGAAGCUACUGCUUGUAAUUGAUACGCCUUGCGACCAAGGCUCAGCUCACUGCUCUUGAAAGCAGUGCAGUCGCCACGGAUCUUAAUUAACGGUAUCCCCCAAGCAGCUGGUGAGUGUUUGCCUGAAUUAUUUGCAAAUUUUUGUGAAGCAGCUCAGCACAAACCUCCACCUUUACGUGACGUUUUUCGUCUGCGAAGCGUAAAAGGCAAUUGCCCAAUUAUUGUGAAACUUUUCUCUGCAAAUUACCGGAUCAAAAACUCAACGAGAAGUAAUGACAUAUGCAUCAGAGUUAAGGCGAAAUAAACGAUUGGCAUCGGCGUUUUCCAUCCGUUGGAGAAUAUUUGUGCGGCUAAAGCCUGGCGAAGAGCCCGAAUUAGUGAUCAGCGGAACUGACGUUAAUGCUCUUAUCGGCACUAGAACAUAAGAACAAUUAUACUUAAGUAUGUAUUUGAUGUAUGUCUUACUAUUGUACCAACUGUUAGUUAUAAUUUAUGCCAGAAUAGAAAAUAAGUUAGAUAGAUGUUUUUUCUCCUUCUAUCUUUGCCGUAUUCCCUCUAUGUAUUAUUGGUUUACAGGCUAACCUAAUAUUCACGCACGCCGCCAAUUUACUGUCAAAAAUAUCUCAUGUAUUUAUUUUUCGGGCCAGUUUUCAAAUUAUCGUUUUGUUAUUUUAGGAGCUCUUUCGGCCGGUAGUUUUAAAACAGCUGACGCAAAGCACAAAAAGACAACAACAGCACUAGCCCAACACUUAAUAAUUAGCAGACACGCAGCAGACUUCGAAAACACCAAAAUGUUAGACGUAGAAAGGAGGGAGAGGACAAGAUUAACAUUAGAAGUUCUGCGAAUACAACAAAGAAUACAGGACGCGAUGACCUUCAAAGAAGACGUGGAUAACAUAAAUUGCGCAUAUCGGGCAGCAAUUGGACACAUUUGACGAGCAGAUGAGCGAUAACAAACAUUAGGCUGUGAUAUUUUUAUUUAUAGUUGUUAAUUAGUGAUGUCAAAGUAAAAUAUGUAAAAAUAAUUAUUCACCCCUAUUAUGGUUGUCGCAAGUCGUUCGUAUCGACAGUCGUUCGUUGAAUUAUGUCGUAAAUAAAAAACAUUAACGACAGAUUUUAACACGUUUUCAAUACUUCUUCAUUUCGAAAGGAUAAUAGGAAUACAAAUUUGUUGUAGAUUAUGUCAUUGGUUGCCUCAUAACCUCAAUGAAAAUCUCAAAUAUCGACGAACGACUGUCGUUCCGACAAUCGGAAUAGGGGCGAUUGUGUCAAAUGUGAUCAGUGUGACCGUUUUGAUCCAAGUGGAUCAAAAGUGAUACAUUUUUCGACGAAUUUUGGAGAGAUACUUUUUUUCAAUUUUGAUACUUUUCCAAAUAAAAAAUAAAAAAAAUUUGUAAAUUUGUAUGCAUUUCAAAACAUGUCGUGCACCUGUGGUAACAUACAUCCAAAAGUUCAUUGUCGUUCACUGAACGAACCUUUCAAGUAUUGGGAAUGUGAAGUUGUCACUACUGUCAACCGCAGACAUUUCCUUCCUUUUUCCUUUCUACUUUUGAGCGUAAUGGACGAACCAGCCCGGCACAAGAAUUGUAGCCAGUAAAAUCGAGUAAGUAUUAAACAAUUUUUAAUAGAAUAUACUGUUAAAAUUUGCAUAUUGUUAUUAUUUUUACUAUUUGUGUAUAUGUUUUGGUGUAUAAUUAACAUUUUGUCUUAAAGGAACACGUGAAAAUCCUGCUGCAGACACCGCCAUAAGCCACCACGUGCAUACAUAAACAUGGAUAGAUUUGUGACAGGAAUACCACCAAACAGGACUGCUGAACAAGGGGCGAGCUCAUUGCUGUCAUCUGGGUCUGAAGAUGAAUAUGUGGAGCCGUCGUCAUCUCGUGCUCAAUAUCGGCGUAAGUUUCGUUCACAGUGGUUGGAAAUGUUCGUCUGGAUUUCUGAGAAGGAUGAAAAAGCCUUUUGUGCCAUAUGCAACAAAUCCUUAUUCAACAUAAUAACGCAUAUAAAGCGGCACGAGACGAGCCCCCUCCAUAGAAAAAACUACGCUACUAAGAGGAACCAGACCCAUAUCGAUCAGGCGAUGGCUACAGCCAAAGAUAACAUCCUACAAGAACAGGUAAAAAGUGCAGAAUUGAAUUUAAUUAUGUUUGUGUUGCUGCACCACAUGCCGGAUUUACCCGCAAAGAGCUUCCCCGACUCGAAUUUCUUCGGGCAUAUUGCUAAAAGGGUGGAUGAAUUUUCCGAGUUUCAAAACUACGUUGGUGUUAAAAAUCAUAAAAUUUUUCGAGUGUCCAACGUUCGCUGGUUAUCACUGAAGCAAGUUGUUGAUCGUUUACUGUCCCAGUGGAGCGCGUUGCAGUUAUUCUUCAUAUCUUGUUUCGAUGACGGUGUGAACCAAGGCACAUUAAACAGGUAGUAUCAGUAGAGCAAA